UUCGCCUCUCGACCGUUGCCACAGGGAGCAGAGCAGCGGCCGAACCACUUCCCUUCCCUUCCUUCAUGGCGUCGCCGCCUGGGCCUCCGGCGUGGUCGGUGACCAUGCGCCUGAGGCACCGUAGCGGGCUGGAGAUCCGCGCCGCCGCGGAGAACGUGCUCCCGGGGUGGGGCCGCGGCGGCGAGCGCCUGUCCCUGCUCUUCCGACUCCGCCGCCGCGUCCUCCUCGCCGUCACCUCCCAGUGCGGCACCCGCCCUCCCCCGCCCACUAAGACUGGGGCGCCGCCGUGUGGAUCCAAGAUCCUCCGCUUCCUGCGGAGCAGGUGGGCGCGGGUCACCUCCAUCUGGUGGCGCAAGAAACGCGCCGCCGCCGCAGCCAUGCCGGGCCGCCGGCCUCAGGUGACCCCAUCUCGCUUGUUUUGGCAGAACCGGGCGUCGCCGCGGCAGGUCCAGAGUUGCAGGGCAUGGACGCCCACGGCGGUGGCGACGCCGCAGUUCACCGUCUUCGCCGUCGCCGUCGCCGUCGCCGUGGCUUCCAUAGCGAUGUUUCGCCUAAUGGUGUGCAUCGGGUGCCUUUUGCGCGGUGGACACUGGAACUGGAGAGGAGGCUGCGACGGCGAACCGAUUGUGCGCUGCACAUCAUGGAGGUGCUUCAUGGCGACGAAGGUCUUGGAGUUGUUGGAGCAUCCUCCUCUCUACUGCAACUACAAGUGGCUGCUUGGGCUGCCAAAGCAUGGAUUAAAGUGGCUCUUGAGCAAGUAGAGAUUCACCCAGGUCAGGUGAUGUUAUGAUUGGGGUUUAUAUGUCUCAGAUGAGAAUGGCAAACAUUCGAGGAACAGAUUGGCUAUAGUUACUUCAGUUUGAUCUGA